UCCUCCGAAGCCAGCGGGAAAAAAAGGCGGUGCUUUUGUGCCUCGGUACCGGUCGACGCUCGCAACAAUGGUUGAUAUGUCCGAUUUGAAGGAUGGUGCUUUACGUGAAAUCGUUAUGGAUGAAAGUGUCUUCGGUAUUGAAUUCAAGUCACUUAUUACAAUUGAUGACUUGGAGGAGAUUUUUAAGCAUGAUCAACUAGGCGUCACUAACAUGCACUCAUACAUCCGGUUGUUGUAUGACAGAGUGUUGCGCGGGACUCCGUUGUCUAACAGAUUCCGUUUCGUGUCUUCCGCCCACUGCAGCGGAAUGGCAAUUGCUUCGGAACCGGAAUCAGUUAGACAACGCUUAGUAGAUAGUUUCAUGUCCACCGGCAAUACAGAAAGUCUGCAUCUUUGGGCGUAUAAUACCCGACCAGUAGGAGCACACUGGUUGCUGCUUGCUAUCAACCCUAUAAGGGAAGUCGUGUAUUAUCUGAAUUCGGUAAAUGGUGAAUGGACCAAUUAUCCGGCCAUGAAGGAAAUCGUUGAUUUGUAA